AUGGUGAAUCGCACGGAUCCAGUCGAGUCCAAUCAGUUUGCUACGGCAGCUGAAGUGGAUGGCAUCCGAAGGACAUUGGAUGAAUUCAUGAAAAGCCAGGAGGAGACGAACAACACAGUCAAAGCCUCGCUGGAUCAGCUAUUGAAGCACUUCUCCAACACUCCUGUGCAGGGAGUUCCAACACCAGAGGAUAAAGGGUCAACUGUUAAGGGUAAGGGACAAUUUGCUCAGAAUCAGUACUUUCAGUCAACCCACCCAAACACUAGUAACAUGAACAGACAUCAGAUUAUGCCAACAAAACAUUUUCAGUAUCAGUAUCCUACUAGAAAUCAGUUUAGGGCCGCACAAUUUGAUGAGAUGAGUCACAUGGGGAGAAAUCAAUAUAAUAUUCACCACAACUGGUCCACUCAAGGCCAAUACAUGGACACUGAAGAAUAUGCAGAAGAAGAAUAUGAUUAUGAACAGGAUUGGAUUGACCACCCCUGGAAUGUCCAUGAGAUGGAGGUACCUUUUACAAGGCCUCCAAUGGAUCAGGGAGCUGCUGUUGGAAAAACUCAUCAACCAAAACAGCAAGAGGGCCCUUCACACAAUCAGGAUGGUAUACAUGACAAACAAACCAACAGAGAUUUCCAUAGACCGCUGCCGCCGCAGCAACAGCAGCAGCCGCCCCAACCACAGCAACAACAAUCUCAUCAAUUUGGUUCUCAAAUUCAGCAUCAACAUAGAGCUGUGGCCAGAGGACCCAAACUGCACUUUCCUGAAUUCACUGGUGAAGAUUGUGAUGGGUGGAUUAGGAAAGCUGAGAAAUACUUUGAGCUGGUGGGUAUACCAAAUGAGGAUAGAGUGAGAAUUGCAGUGUUGUAUGUCAGUGGAAAAGCUGAAUAUUGGUGGAGAGGGACAGGUUGCAAUGCUAACACACUACCUUGGCAUCAUUUCUGCAGAAUGGUGGGCGACAGGUUUAACCAAGUCUCUGAAUAUGAAAUUAUUGGACAAUUUCAUAAUCUGAAGCAAGUGGGAUCUGUUGUGGACUAUGUAGACAGAUUUGAGGAAAUGGUCAGCAUGGUAAGAAGAAAUAACCCUGCUUUACCUGACACCUACUAUAUUAGUAGCUUCAUAUCUGGCCUUAAAGAUUAUAUCCAGUAUCAUCUGCAGUGCUACAGACCAACUGCCCUUUCUCAAGCAUAUUGGUAUGCAAAAAGGCUGGAACAGGCCCAACCAACUUUCAAGAAAUUCAGUAAUUUCCCUGGACCAGUCAAAGUACAGAAAAAUUGGUCAAAAGAGAAGGAAAAAGAAGCUUCAAACCCCACAAUAGCUGACCUGAGGGCAGCUGGUAAAUGCUUCAAGUGUAGGGAACCUUGGGUCCCUGGACAUACAAAGGUGUGCAAAGGCAAACAACUCUAUUCAGUGAUACUGGUGCAAAAUGAAGAAGGCAAAGAAGAAGUGGCUGUGAUAGAGGAUGCUGAUCAGGAAGAGGAUGCUGAAUUUCAGGAUGCUGAAAACAUUCCCACCAUUCAAAUAUCUAUGCAUGCCUUGUCUGGUAGCUGCUCCCCAGCAAGCUCAUUUACUUUGAAGUUGCAGAUUGGGAACAAAACUGCCAUUGCACUGGUAGACAGUGGUAGUGAUGCUUCUUUUAUUAAUGCAAAGUUUGCAGUAAAAGCCAAAUGCAAAAUUCAGUCAGUUUCUGAAGUAAAAGUAGCUGCAGCUACUGGUGCUGAAAUGCUAUCUGAAACUGCCUGCCUGAAAUGUCCUUAUUCUAUUCAAGGCCACCAAUUUUCUUCUGACUUCAGACUAUUAGAAGUACGGGGCUAUGAUGUGGUUCUAGGAGCUGAUUGGAUCUAUGAACACAGUCCAGUGGGUCUAGACUUGAAAAGAAGAGAAUUUUCCAUCACUAAGAAUGGCAAUUCAUUGGUUACAUUUACAGAUGAUAUAGCUCAUAGCAGCUCACAGGUGAUAGGUGCUAAAAAGUUCUGCCAACUGAUUAGGAAGAGGGCAGUUGGAGCUGUCAUUGUUCUUAACACCAUCACAACUGAACAGCAAGCGAUUACUGGACCAACACACCCAGAAAUAGAAGCUCUCCUCACUGAGUACAAUGACAUCUUUCAAGAACCAUCCGAGUUACCUCCCAAAAGAUCAAUUGACCAUGCUAUACCACUGAUAGACUCAACUAAGUCUGUUAAUCAGAGAGCUUAUAGGCUUCCUCAUCAUCAGAAAAAUGCUAUGGAGGACAUGAUCAAACAUCUGCUACAAGCUCAAUUGAUCAGACCAAGUGUAAGCCCUUAUUCUUCACCAGUUAUCUUAGUCAAGAAAAAAGAUGGAACAUGGAGAAUGUGUGUUGAUUACCGACUGCUUAACUCAAAUACAGUCAAGAACAAAUACCCCAUUCCAAUUAUUGAGGACCUGCUUGAUGAGUUAUUUGGAGCACAAGUAUUUUCAAAAAUAGAUCUAAGGUCUGGGUAUCACCAAAUAAGGAUGACUGAAGAGGAUAUUUACAAAACUGCUUUCACUACACACAUGGGCCAUUUUGAGUAUGUAGUUAUGCCUUUUGGCUUAACUAAUGCCCCAGCCACCUUUCAGACACUAAUGAACACAAUGCUAGCAGAAUUCUUGAGAAAAUUUGCAUUGGUUUUCUUUGAUGACAUCCUAAUCUAUAGUUCUUCCAUCAAGGACCAUGUAGUUCAUCUAAGAACUGUAUUGGAAAUUCUACGACAAAACAAGCUGUUUGCAAAGCUCAGUAAGUGCACCUUUGCUCAGUCUGAAAUUGAGUAUUUGGGCCAUAUCAUCAGCAAAGAUGGGGUGGCAACUGAACCUUCCAAAUUGGCCAUAAUCAAGCAAUGGCCAGCUCCAGCAACAGUUUCUGACUUGAGAGCUUUCUUGGGGUUAACGGGUUAUUACAGAAGGUUUAUAAAGAAUUAUGGCAUCAUUUGCAGACCUCUGUUCAAUGCUUUAAGAAAAGAUUCCUUUCAAUGGGCAGAACCUCAAGAGGAGGCCUUCCAGCAACUUAAGAAUAUUAUGACAAAUCCACCUGUCCUAGCCUUACCUGACUUCACACAACCAUUUGUAUUAGAGGCUGAUGCAAGUGGCAGCGGCAUAGGAGCAGUUUUGAUGCAACAGGGCAGACCCAUAUCAUUUAUGAGUAGAACAUUGGGACCCAAAGCUUCAGCAGCAUCAACCUAUGAGAAAGAGGCCAUGGCAAUACUGGAAGCACUUAGAAAAUGGAAACAUUAUUUUGCAAGCACUUCACUAAUUAUCAGGACAGACCAACAAAGCCUGAGAUAUAUCCAUGAUCAGAAAAUAGUAGAAGGCAUCCAACACAAACUGUUGGUCAAAUUGCUGGGAUACAACUACAAGAUAGAAUAAAAAAAGGCAAGGACAAUAAAGCUGCAGAUGCUCUAUCAAGAACCACUCAUUCUUCUGAUAUUAUGGCUAUUUCUUGUAUUAUACCAAAAUGGGUGGAAGAAGUCAAUGCCACAUACUUACAGGAUCAAUAUUGUCUAGUUAUGCUGGCUAAGUUGAAUGUGGAUCCACAUGCGGUCCCUAAUUUCUCCCUUGAGAAUGGCAUAAUUAGAAAAAAUGGCAAAAUCUUGAUUGGCUCUUCAGGAAAUUUGAGAACCCAGUUGCUGGAUAACUUCCAUAAAACUGCAUUAGGUGGUCAUUCAGGGGAGAGAGCCACCUACCAACGUCUGAAAUUAAUCUUCUAUUGGCCACAAAUGCACAAGAAUGUCAAAGAUUAUGUGAAAGCUUGUCCUACAUGCCAGAAAAAUAAAUCAGAGAACAUUCCUUAUCCUGGAUUACUGCAGCAACUACCGGUCCCUGACAUGGCCUGGACUCAUAUAUCCAUGGAUUUCAUUGAAGGCUUUCCAAAGUCCAAUCAGAAAAAUGUGAUACUAGUCAUAGUAGACAGGUUCACAAAAUAUGCCCACUUCCUUACACUGAGCCAUCCUUACUCUGUCCAAGAUGUCAUUACAUUAUUUACUGACAAUGUUCUAAAGUUACAUGGUCCUCCUUCAGUAAUUGUAUCUGACAGGGAUAGGAUUUUCACAAGUCAAUUAUGGCAAGCAGUAUUCAAGUCAAUGCAAGUUGAUCUCCAUUUUAGUAGCUCUUACCACCCACAAACUGAUGGGCAGACAGAGAGGGUAAACCAAUGCCUUGAAAAUUAUUUGAGAUGCAUGUGUUUUUGUGCACCAAAGAGAUGGUUUCAUUGGCUCUCAUUAGCAGAAUGGUGGUACAACACUACUUAUCACACCUCUUUGAAUAUGACUCC